AGCCAAUCAGCAAGACGGAAAGGAGGGACUACAAUGUCAGAGUUCUUCGUCCCAAGUCACACGUGAUCGCGCAGUAGUUCCAGGUUGUCACAUCUGAAGAUUGGAGACGAUGGAGCUGACAUGGAGACUGACGCUGCUCCUUUUGGCCCUGGCUGGGUCUCUGGCCCUGGUGAGGGCUCAGGAUGAGGUUCUGGAGGAGGGCGAUGACAUGGAGGUGGAGGACGAUUUGGACGCGCUGGAGGAGGAGAUGGACCUGGUGGACGAGGGGGAUGAGGGGGAGGAGGACAAGCCCCCCACCCCGCCCCCCGCCCCAAAAGUGACCUAUAAAGCACCAGAGCCAAUGGGAGAUCACUACUUCGCCGAGUCCUUCGACAGGGGAACACUGGAUGGGUGGGUUCUGUCUAAAGCCAAGAAGGAUGAUACUGAUGAGGAAAUCGCCAGAUAUGACGGGAAAUGGGCAGUGGAGGAGCUGAAGGAACCGAAACUCCUCGGCGACAUGGGCCUGGUGCUGAAGACGCGCGCCAAGCACCACGCCAUCUCCGCCCAGCUGCUCAGACCCUUCGUGUUCGACACCAAGCCCCUCAUCAUCCAGUAUGAAGUGAACUUCCAGACCGGCAUCGACUGCGGCGGCGCCUACGUCAAACUCCUGUCCCAGACGCCCGAUCUCGACCUGGACGAGUUUGUGGACAAGACCCCCUACAGCAUCAUGUUCGGCCCCGAUAAGUGUGGAGAGGACUACAAGCUGCACUUCAUCUUCCGCCACAAGAACCCCAAAACGGGCGAGGUCGAGGAGAAGCACGCCAAGAAGCCCGACGCUGACCUGCGCACGUACUACACGGACAAGAAGACCCACCUGUACACGCUGGUGCUGAACCCCGACAACAGCUUCGAGAUCCUGGUCGACCAGACGGUCAUCAACAGCGGGAACCUGCUGACCGACGUGACCCCCCCGGUGAACCCCACGGCCGAGAUCGAGGACCCCGACGACCACAAGCCGGAGGACUGGGACGAGAGGCCCAAGAUCCAGGACCCGGAGGCGGUCAAACCCGAGGACUGGGAUGAAGAUGCUCCCGCUAAGAUUUCUGAUGAGGACGCCGUGAAGCCCGACGGUUGGCUGGAUGACGAGCCGGAGUACACCUCCGACCCCGACGCAGUCAAGCCCGACGACUGGGAUGAGGAAAUGGAUGGGGAAUGGGAAGCUCCUCAGGUUCCUAACCCUAAGUGUGAGGCUGCCCCUGGUUGCGGUGCUUGGGAACGCCCGAUGAUUGACAACCCCAACUACAAGGGCAAAUGGAAGUCUCCCAUGAUUGACAACCCCAACUACCAGGGGGUGUGGAAGCCCAGGAAGAUCCCGAACCCCGACUUCUUCGAGGACCUGCACCCGUUCCGCAUGACCCCCUUCAUCGCGGUGGGGCUGGAGCUCUGGUCCAUGUCCUCCGACAUCUUCUUCGACAACUUCUUCAUCAGCUCGGACCGCAGCGUGGCUGAUCGCUGGGCCAACGACGGCUGGGGGCUGAAGAAGGCUGCCGAGGGCGCCGCUGAGCCUGGCCUGGUGAAUCAGAUGAUGACGGCGGCGGAGGAGAAGCCCUGGCUCUGGGUGGUGUACGUGCUGACCGUGGCCCUGCCUGUCGUCCUCAUCAUCGUCUUCUGCUGCACGGGGAAGAAGAAGCCAUCUCCUGCGGAUUACAAGAAGACUGACGAGCCCCAACCAGACGUGAAGGAGGAGGAGGAGGAGGAGGAGGAGGGAGAGGCAGAGGAGAAGCCAGAAGAGGAAGGGGCAGAGGAGGGCCAGGAGGAGGAGGAGAAACCAGCAGAGGAGCAGAAGAGUGACGCAGAAGACAGCCCGGAGGAGUCUCCGGCCAAGGAAGAGGAGGUCAAGGAGGAGGAAGCAGGGGAGGAAGAGGAAGAUGGCUCCGAUGAGAAGCCAGAAGACGACAUCCUGAGAAGGUCUCCCAGAAGCAGGAAAGUGAGAAAGGACUGAAGGACUGGGAUGUUGGAUCUGGUUAGCGCCUCACCCCUGCCCCCUGCUCCCCCCUGCCCCGCCCCGCCCCGCCUUCCUCUCCUCGUCCGGCCCCGCCCUCCCUCUCUAAUUGGCUGUCUCUAACCCCGUAUUUCACAGCCGCGAAACCCGCUGAGAGAAACUCCGUCAACAUCAACAGAACACAAUCAUCCUCACGGACUGGGAAGAAGCAGUGGUGACGAAUACAGCUACAAAUAGAGACUGGCUAUACAGAGUGGAAACUAAACCAACACCCCUCACCAAAUAUAGGUCUCCGGCCCUUUUUCCUCACCCAGACAGCUUCUACACACAGUAUUAACCAACUACCGAUAAUCCAAACACUAAAUGGUUGAGUAGCCCAUGCAGUUUGAUUAUAGUUGAGGUAGCUCCCUUUAUGUCUGUGUUUCAGGAAUUGUGCGUCUCGCCACAUAUCUUGCAUUGAAGGCUGUAUGGUCGAUAUCACCCCCCCACCCCCCAGACGAUAAGCGUCUCCUCUGGGAGUUACUCUGAGGACAAACGUGAUUGACUUCCUUGUAGAUGUGUGUAGUAAAAAAAAAAUAAUAAUAAUAAAUCCUGCUUUGUUUGGUUUCAAAUUUGUCGAAAGUUAAAAUGUUGUUAAGUGACCCCCCCCCCGCGCUGUGGGCGGCUAGCUGUGUGAGGCUCAGUUGCCCCGCUCCGAGGGUCUGAGGCCUGGGGCAGAACUGGGGAGGACGCUGGUGGGCCCAGUAGGUAUAGAACGCGCUGCCUUACAGUUCUAGAAUGCAAGGAUCGCUGAAACUUUCCUGAAUGUACUGUGAGUGUAUUUUUUUAUAUUAUCUAUAUUACACACAACUUCUCUUCUUUUUUUUUUUAUUUUCCUUUAAUCUUUUCAUUGAUUCCAUUGUUCUUUUUUUUUUUUUCUUUUUUUUUUUUUUCCAUAACGGUAGGGGAUUGUUUGUUAUGUUUGUAUGUCCUGGAAAUAAAGAGAAGUAUUUUUCAGCGCAGUGUGGCAGAUGAAAAUGAAUAAAUGCUUGGUAUUUUGUCAUGGCGAUGGUGAAGGAGUGAGCAGUAAAGUGUGGAGGGUGUGUGUGUGUGUGUGUGAGGGAGGGGCCAGGGGUGACUCACCGGUGGGGAAUUUCGGCAGUUCCUCUGCCCGCCUCCUUGUUGGAGGAUGAGUAAACGCGCAGCCUCCUCAUUGGUGGGUGAGUCAGCUCCAAAGCACAUCCUGUGACCUCAUUUCCUGCCAGUGCAGUUUGAGUUGGUAUCGGGGGCGUAAGCCCCGUGAAACGUUAGGACAGGCUGUUCAAUGGCAGUGUGGGGAAACAACAUCCAGCAGCACCACUCUCUAGAGUCCUCUAGGAUCCAGGAUUGUCAGUCUCCUCCAAACCUGUAUCUCCAUGACUACCCCACCCCCCGCCCCAGCACCAAAAGUCCUUGCUGGUUGGCCCGGUGUGAUAAGUUCUGCAUUUGGCUCUGCGCUGUGCGUUACUUCAUUUCACUUGAAUACCUGUUAGCGCUGCGUUAGGCGUGGUUAACACGGUUUACCACAGAGGGAAUCGGAACCUGUGAAGGAGCUACAGCAGCACUCUCUGAGUCGACAGACUGAAGCGCUCAGACGCACUCUCACACACGCAGAGCCACGUAACUGCCAGUGCGCUCACACACCAGAAGCGAAGCCCCGUUUCCCUUCUGCUUCCUGUUACGGAAAUGCCAAAACGUUUCUCCUCUUCCGUCUUUUUUAGGUUAUGAGAUUAUGAAUGAGAGGGAGACGUGCUGUAAACGGGCUGUCUUAGGAAGCGCAAGCCCCAUAAAGGCUAUGAUAUUCAAAGUUAUGCCUUCUGAAAAGAAAAAGAAUUAAGCAAAAUUGUGGUUGUUGCUCAUGAGGUUGAAAUGGUGGGAUUUGACAAAAGCGGUUUUGAAGUGGACUGUCUUGGAUCUAGGUCACUUUUUUUUUCUUUUUUUCUUUUAAAUCCACACAGAGGGAGAGAGGGAGUCUUUCAGAGAGCUGAAAAGUGGGGUGGGAGGCUGGUGGCAGGUUGAUAUCAAGCUUCUGUCAGGAGUGGGAGCUGCUAUUGUGUUGUGCAGGUUAAAAUGUAUGUAUGUCUGUCGUGUGUCGCAUUGUAACCACCCCCUGCUUUGUCCGUUGUACCUGGCAUACAACACGCGUGCACAAACAUACUCGCACAGUCCGUAACAAUCAUGAAAACAUGUCCAAGCAUUAUCCCGUUUGAUUAGAUUUUACAUUCCAAGUGUGAUCAAAAAAAAAAGAAAGAAAAAAAUGUCAAUGUAAUGCAUCACAUCUAGGGCUUUACAUGUCUGUCUGCAAGCUGUAUUACAACUCAUACCUAGUCCCAGUUUUCACCUUUCUUUCCCCCUUUCCCAUUGUUGUAGGUGUAGCGAUGAUUUAAUUUGUCCCUUUAGUUUUGUCUGAAGCUGUUGAGAUGCCGUAAUUUCGAUUCAAACUCUUCCGGAAAGACAGUACUGUAUGGUGCUCUGGAAUAGAGACGCCCUGCUCCUGUGUGCAGGGUCUCUGGGUAAAAGCCGAGUUGACCUGAAAGACGUGCGUAGGUUUCUAACUCAUUAAUCAUUUAUACUAGUGAUAGAAGCUAUUAUAAUAAAUUUGGUUUAUAACUGUUCAGAAUUUUUUUUUGUCUCCUAGUAACAUUUGAAAUUGAUCUCUAAAGAGUGAUUUUUUUUUUUUUAUUGUAAUUAUUUAAAGCCAAGGUAAAAAAAUACAAGUCCUUAUUUUGUUUUGAAUGCAGUCAUCUGUAAAUGGAAACACGCCAUUUUGUUUUUUUAUUUGUUUUUUUGUUAUUUUCUUGUUUUUUUGCUGGAAAAUAAAGAUCUGAUAAUCUGUUUA